AUGAAGAUAAACUCACGUAACAAAGAAACCAGUCCAAUAAAUGGACUCACAGUUUCCUUUCCUCCCGAUAUCUCAGCAAUGGAUCUCAUCGACCGCGCUCUUUCAAAAACACGUAUUACAGGAAAAGCAUCAAGAGUGCCUAACUCGUUCAUUGCCUAUCGCACCGCAUUCUGUAAAGAGCUCCAAAAAAUAGAGCACCCAGUUAUCACACAACCACAACUUUCGUUAAUUGCCAAAGAUUAUUGGUCCAGAGAAUCGGAAAAUGUUCGUCGAGAAUACGAUAGAAUCGCUGCUGAGGCGAGAAAUUUGUACAAACAAAUCUGCAUUGAUCAGAAAUUAGUUAAACAACCGAAAAAGAGCCAGGACGAUGAAUCUAGUGAAAGUCCUCGGUUGAGUACGGCUGAACAGUAUGAUUUGGCGCAUGAUCCAAAUUCGUGGCAGAUUUUACCGCAAACUGCGUGUUUCUCUCAUACUGACAAAGAAUCUGAGCCUUCUUCUCAAGAAGAAAGUUCGAAUAAGAAUAAUCAAUUUGACAAAAAUUUUGCACGAUUUAGUUUUACGGGUGGUCUAAAUACUUUUCCUGAAUCUAAUAAACCUGACGAAAAUCUUGUAAGCCAAGAAACUAUUCCCGACGAUAAUCCUGUCAACGAAACAACAGCAGCCACCCCUUCGUUCAACUUUUUACCGUAUCUUUCCGCUGCAAAUUUUCCGGUUUCAUCGAACUCUCAAUCUUUAGAAGAAUCUUCCACGAAAGCGUGUGACUACUGUAAAAAGAAGUCCGAAGUUUUAGAAAAGCGUAUAAAAGACUUAGAAGAAAAACUAACUGCGUUAGCAAAUACAGUAUGUGAUAUGUGA